AUGGCGGAAAAAACGGCGAUCUCACAGUUUAUGAGGGAUAAGGCGAGCAGAACCAGACUGGCAAUCGAGUCGUUUUACGCACAAACCGUUACACAAGCUGUUGAACGUGACUCUCGUGCGAAGAAACUUGAAGAAAAAAUGGCUGCUGAGGGUAUUAGUGAGGAUGAAAAGGAAGAACGACGAAGGGUGCAACACUCGAAAGAAACCGAUUUUCUGCGGCUCAAACGUACUCGCUUAGAAGUAACCGAUUUUGAAAGUCUCAAAGUUAUUGGUCGAGGUGCUUUUGGAGAGGUCAGAUUAGUACAAAAGAUUGAUAGUGGUCAUAUUUACGCCAUGAAAAUUCUUCGAAAAAGCGAAAUGUUGGAAAAAGAACAGACUGCUCAUGUUCGUGCGGAACGAGACAUAUUAUCCGAAGCCGAUUGCGAAUGGGUGGUAAAGAUGUAUUACUCUUUCCAAGACUUCGCCAAUUUAUACCUUGUCAUGGAAUUUUUACCUGGAGGUGAUAUGAUGACUUUGCUUAUCAAGAAGGAUACUCUAAGCGAAGAAGCAGCGCAGUUUUAUAUUGCUGAGGCAGCUUUAGCUAUUCAAUUUAUUCACAACUUAGAUUUUAUCCAUCGCGAUAUCAAACCAGACAACCUUCUUCUGGAUGCCAGGGGUCAUGUCAAGCUUUCCGAUUUUGGCUUAUGCACAGGAUUGAAGAAAAUCCAUCGUACGGAGCACUAUAGGAACUGGCCCUCUCAGCUACCUCCUGACUUCGUUUCGAAACCUGUCGAGUCUAAGCGUAAGGCUGAAACGUGGAAGAAAAAUCGAAGAGCAUAUGCGUAUUCAACGGUUGGAACUCCUGACUACAUUGCUCCCGAAGUAUUCCAACCUAAUGGAUACACGAAAAGUUGCGAUUGGUGGAGUCUCGGUGUUAUACUCUACGAGAUGCUCAUUGGGUACCCACCAUUUUGCUCCGAAACUCCACAAGAAACAUACAGAAAGGUCGUGAAUUGGCAACAGACGCUAGUUUUUCCGCCUGAAAUGCCAAUUAGCGUCGAUGCAAAAACGGUUAAGCCAUGUUCCAAUCCAAAAACUAUCAAGCGAUUCUGCUGUGAGCCAGAGCGCAGAAUGGGUCACAAUGGAGGUCUUGAAGAAAUAAAACAGUGUAUCUUUUUCAGAAGGAUCGAUUGGAAUCACAUCAGAGAGCGACCUGCACCGAUACGGGUUGAAGUGAAAAGUAUUGAUGAUACGAGUAAUUUCGAUGAUUUCCCAGAUGUUGACUUGCGAUGGCCCGUUGUAUCUGCUCCUCAAAAGCCAGAAGAGCAACCCGGUCAUCGUGGAGAAUUCGUUGAUUUCACCUAUAAACGGUUCGAUGGACAUACACAGAAAAUGCGAUAUAAUGAGAUGCAUAAGCAGUCCCGAGGUUCCGGUGUUCCAGGCGAAGGGACGCAGACCGCUGUUUAG